AUGUCCGAAACUUCCGACUACAUCCCAUAUGCUCCGAUGCUCCCCGUAGCUGUCCCAAACGACGUUCCUCUUGGAGCCAAUAUUCUCUUCGCAAAGCAGUGCGACCACUGCCUCUCUCGGAGCGUAGAUUGCAAAUACUCACGCUCGAUGGAAAGCACCAGGACCCCCACUCGCUGUGAUGGCUGCUGGAUCAACGGACGUACAUGCACGUACAACCUGCUCAGUGCCUAUGGCGGCUUGACCAUCGAAGACGACAUGCCCUUAUCCGCGCUUGCAUACAUGGACAAGAACGGCUUCCGCAUCAAUCCAAGGCUGCAAGGCCGUGAUCUUAUCUUAGCAGAAGGCGCCGUUCGAUACUUUCUGGAGAAAAGCUCUGCACGGAGCUACUCAGUGUUGACGUGGCCCUGUGAGGUUUACAAGCCUAUCUUUGGGAAUGACGAAGAGUGGCCCGUGCUCGAACAGUACAAGUUUCCCAAAAGAACCGCUAUGAACGCCUUGUCGGUGGCAAUGCUCGGCUAUAAUCUCGAACACAGGUGCCGUCCGCCAAUCAUGCCCUGGGUUGUGGAAACAUGCGGCACCGGCGUGUGCCUUCCCAUUGCACCCUUCCGUCAUUUAGAUUAUCUACGCCCUCGGGUCAGCCCUCUCUGGCAACAUGAGGGGCCCAUUGAAAUCUCAUGGCUCCAGCAUGACAAUACCCGCUUCCAACAAGCUGGGUCACCGGGUUGGCAUCCAUCAUCUCGUUCGCCAACUCCACCGCCGGCAUACCCUCAAUUUGAGAGGACGCAAGUCGAGGCUCGUGGAGAGACUGACGAAGAAAACGUUGGCAACAUUUGGUCGAGAGGCUCUGCCUCCCCGUCCGCCUCCUCCUCCCAGCUCAACCUCUCCACCGCCACGGGCAUCAACGUUGCAAUUGACGGGAAUUUCGUUCUAGGCCCUCGUCGGCUAUCUUCUCGUCCGCUCUCAGAACAUGUCUUCCACUAUACCCCCCAGAGCAGCGCCCAUAUGGACGAAAACGUGCCAGCAACUGACGAUGAAGGCGCCGCCCCACCAGAGGCAAAUAACCAUCAGUUAUACAUCGACAUCGGCGGUGUGGAGCGGCAGCUCAACCAGGCGGAGAUUCGCCAGAUCUCCGUCCACCGCAGCAGGUACUUGCAUGCAAGAACGGAGCUGCUGCAGGGCUCCCAGAACCCAUGCUGGCAGCUGUUCGAGAUGGGCAGGUGUGCCAUGGAUGAGGAAUUGGUGACUAAUCUCCCCUUUGGACUAGUGGACCUAGCAGACGGUUCCGCAAAUGUAGAUAUUCAAAACGUAGACGGCCUACGGGACGGGAUGGAUGUCGAAGGCAUGAUGCUGGUGGGUUGGCGUUGCUGGGACCUUGCUGCACGAGCAGAAACACCGCCCAGAGGAGGCUUCAGUGAACUGUCCCCCGAAUACGGUUACAUAUGA